AGCGACGCCGGCGCCCUCCUCUUGGCAUCCACCUCCCCCGACAUCAACCUCCUUGGUGUUCUGGUCAAUAAACCCUCCACCUACUCUGUCCUCGCCGCCUCCGCUAUUGUCUCAUACUACACCCGUUCUCAAAGUAAAGCCGUCCCCAUCGGCGUGUUCCGCCACCCAACAAGCGAUGGCACUGUAAUCCCCCUUCCUGACACCACCUUUCUCGACGUGGUGUACUGGCACCUAGGGGAAUUUGCUUCCAAAAUCGCCUACCAGUUCGGCUCCCCUUCUUCGCCCGACUAUGUCAAAAAACCUAAGGGACCAAGCAUACCAUGGGGACAGGCCGAAGACGCCUGGGACGCAGUUCAACUUUAUCGAAAGCUGCUCAGCGAAGCGGACGAUGAGAGCGUAACUAUUGCUUCGAUAGGAUUUCUUGAUAACCUGUCACUUCUCCUCGACUCAAAACCUGAUUCUCUUUCUCCAUUGACUGGGCGCCAGUUAAUAUCGCAGAAGGUGGCAGAGCUGGUGGUCAUGGGGGGUCGAUACCCAGAGGGAAGAAGUUGGAAUUUCUUUGGUUCUGAUCCCGACUCGCCUCAUUACAAUGGUGGACGCGGACUGGGAUUGGGACCUAAGGGGACGGCGAAUGUGAUCAAUAAUUGGCCAACACUUGAAAAGGAUGGGUGGAAAGGGAGGGUGGUGUACGUCAGUGAUGAAGUUGGCGGGAACGUCCUAACGGGCGGGGAGUUGGUGAAGAAGGGGCCGAAGGGGGAUCCGGUCGGUCGCGCUUAUGGGUAUUAUGCUUAUGGCGGGGCGAGACCGAGUUGGGAUCCGGUGGCGGUGUUGUAUGCCAUUGAUGGAUUGGGGGAGCUGUUCAAGUAUGAUGAGCGAUACGGACAUGGAAGGAACUGGGUGGAUGACCAAGAUGGAUCAAAUAGGUGGAUUUUGGAAGUGGAGACGAAGAAUCAGUUUGUGCUGGCGUUGAAGGCAGAUCAUGAGACGGUGGCGAGGAAGAUUGAUCGCUUGUUUCUCGAGGGAGCGUUGAGCGCGGUCACGGAAAGGGCUGGCCCGUGA